CGCCGCCUAACGGCAGAGGGGGCCAGGCUCCUUACUGAUGACGUGGUACGGUCGUUUGAUCAGAGUAGCAGGAUGGCCGACCAGAGCAGGCAAAUAAAGCUCGCUGCAGCUAAGAAGAAGCUGAAGGAGUUUCAGCAGAAGAGCUCCCCUGCUAGUGUGGGAGGAGAGAAGGGUGGAGGAGGUGGUGGGGCAGGGGCCAAGAAGAAGAGGAAGGUGAAGGGAUUGGGCCAACUUGAGUCAUCAUCAACAGAGAGAAGUUCUCCAGUCAAUUUUGACAGUAUUCUGAAAGCACUUAGUCAAACCAAUGGAGUAGUCCUGCCUCCUUAUGGCAACAGUCAGACCUUUGCUGACGUGGAGGCUUCAGUUCCUCAGCUGCUGGAAGACCCAGAGGAUGAGCCUGGUCGUGGCUCUCCUAUUUCUAACCCCGCUAGUGCUAACACUACUAAUAACCCUGAGUCUGUUGAUCACAGCACUGACCUCCAGGACUGCCCUGAUACCAAUGGCGACGAGAGUUUGGCUGAAGAAAAUAGGCCACUAUCUUCUACAGAGAGCCUGCGACAGCUCUCACAGCAAUUGAACGGCCUAGUCUCUGAGUCAUCUGCUACUUAUGUGAACGGAGAUGGUGCAUCUUCAGUCAGCGAGAGAGAACUGGAGAGCCGGAACCAGGAGCUGGCAGCCGCCCUGGAGUCCAGCAACCUAACAAACUCUCAGCUCAAUACCAAGCUAGAUCAGCUGGCGAAGCAGUCUCAGGAGCUCACAGAUCAACUACAAAAGGAGAGAAAAGAAUUUGAGCAGAGAUUUUCAAAGGAGCAGGGAGCAAUGCGGGAGCAAUUACAGGUUCAUAUCCAGACCAUUGGCAUACUGGUGUCAGAGAAAUCAGAGCUACAAACAGCACUACAAUACACACAACAGGCUGCACGACAGAAAACAGCUGAGGCAGAGGAGUUGAAUAACCGUCUGCAGGCAACAAAGCAAAGAGUGUCGGAGCUAGAAAGAACUCUCUCUUCUGUCUCAACACAGCAAAAACAGUUUGAAAAGCACAACAAAGAUCUUGUAAAGGAAAGAGACAGUCUGAGGCUAGAGGUGUUUAGACUAAACAAUUUGAGUGAAGAGUCAAAGCAGCAGAGCUCGGAGUUUUCAGAAAAGUUGAAACUAAGUACACAAGAGAAUGGAGCAAUGAGGCUUGAGGUGGAAGAUCUUCGAAAGAGGCUCGAGAUGGCUGAAAUCAUGCUGCAACAGUGCUCUAGUCAGUCAGAUCCCACCAGUGCCAAGCAGCAGGUUCAGUUACUGCUGGAAGAGAAGCAACAUCUGGAGGCACAGACUCAUCAGCUGACGGAGUCAGUCACCCAGCUGAAGACAGAGAGAGACUGCUAUGCGGAGCAGAUCCAGGAGGAGGGACGUGUAUGGAAGGACAAAACAGAGCAGCUGUUAACACAGGUGUCAUUAGUUGCAGAGGAGAGGGACAGAAACAUCAAUCGAGUCCAAGAACUGGAGGCCAGCAUCGCAGAGCUAAAAAAUGCUGCAGCGUUGCUGUCACAAGAGAGGAAGGCUCAGGAUGAUGCAGGGCCUCAGUCCUCAGGGCCAUCAGAGAGUGAAGUGGCUCUGCAGGAGGCCCUCAACAGUCUACAACAGGAGAAAGAAGCCCUUAUUGCAGAGUACCAGGCACAACUGCGAGAUAACGAGCAGCUGAGCCGCCUGUGUGCAGAGCAGGAGAUGCGUCUGAAUGAAAUGGAGCGGCACGUGGAGAACCAAACCCAGGAUACGGAGGACCGUCGGCGCAUGUUGGAGGAUGUUCAGUCAGACAAGGCCACUAUUAGUCGUGCUCUCACCCAGAACCGUACACUGAAAGACCAGCUGGCUGAGCUACAGAACGGUUUUGUCAAACUGACUAAUGAGAACGUGGAGCUGACCACUGCCAUCCAGUCAGAGCAUCAUGUGAAAAAGGAGCUGGCUCGUAGAAUGGGUGAACUGCAAGAGGAACUGCACAAUGUCAAGGAGCAAUUGGAAUUGAAAAAUCAGGAGACUCGAGCUCUGAUGGAGCAGAGGGACCAGGUAUUGCACCACUUGCAGCAGUACUAUGCAGCCUACCAGGCCCUGGUCUCAGAAAGGGAACAGCUCCACAAACAGUUUCUGCAGCAGAUCCAGCUCAUGGACCGGCUGCAGCAUGAUGAAAGCCAGGGCCGUGCAGAGCUGGAGAUCAGUCACAGUCAGCUCAAACAAGCACAGGACCAUUUGGAGCAGUUAGUCAAAGACAAUGAGCAGCUGAAGGCUGAGGUGAGGGAGCUGCUCAACAGCUCAGCUCUUGCAACAUCAUCCAUAGACCAAGGAGAUGGUGUGGAAAGCCAGUCCCUUCCAGACAGUCCAAAGACAUCCUCUGCCAUAGUCAUCCCAGAAGACUUUGAGAGCCAGAAGGAGAUGGAGGAGUUUAUCCGUGGAGCUUUGGCUCAGUUGGAGACAGAGAGGGAUGAAGCCAGAAGGCAACUUCAGGAGGAGCACAGGCUCCACAUGGUAGCACGGCAGCAGGCUGCUGUGGCCCUCAGACUUGAACACCAGCACCACAGCCACAAACCUGUUCAUGACCAUCCUCAUGAACAUGAUCACACUCAGGGCCAGCAUAGUCACUGUGAACACAGUCAUGAACAUUCAGAAGGAGGAGUGCCAGUAGAAGUUCAUGAGGCUUUGCAGGUUGCCAUGGAAAAGCUUCAGCAUCGUUUUACCUCCCUCAUGCAAGAGAAAGUUGACCUCAAGGAGAGGGUGGAGGAGCUGGAGCAUCGAUGCAUUCAGCUGUCUGGAGAGACUGACACUAUAGGGGAGUACAUAGCCCUGUACCAGAGUCAGAGGGCCAUCAUGAAGCAGAAACACCAGGAGAAGGAGCAGUACAUCAGCAUGUUGGCCCAGGACAAGGAGGAGAUGAAGGUGAAACUGGCAGAGCUGCAGGAUCUAGUGAUGAGGCUCGUGGCUGAGAGAAACGACUACGCUGGAGCUGUAGCUGGUGCAGAAGCAGUGAACCCCGACCUCCUUGCUGCUGGGGAGGAUCACACUCACCCGAACCACCAAGCGUACACACGCACGGAGCUUAAUGCUGUCAGUGCAGCAGAUGCCAUGGAAGUCAUUCCUCUGUCAGAGCCCACCACAGGCCUGGAAGCCCCCUCGUCCCAGAAGCUUUCAACCGGUUCAGCCCAGAUUAACUCCAAGCUCCUGGCACCCAAAGAGGAUGGCACAGCCCAGCAAAUCAUACAGCUGCUUCAGGAAAUCCAGAAUCCCCAGGGAGCUCCAAGAUCGCCCCCAUUCCUUGGGGAGAACCCAUGCAUCCCCUUCUUCUACCGGCCUGACGAACAAGACGAAGUCAAGAUCAUGGUGGUGUGAGGUGUUGGUGUGACAGGCUGGUGUGUGUAUGGCUAUUUUUGCAUGGCUAUACUGUACAUUGUGAGCACCAGUUGAGGUUCAUAACAUGGGCCGGAAGAUAUUUUGGUAAAGUGAGGACAUUUUGGCCAGGCCUAACUUUUUUUUUUUUUUUUUUUAGGAUUUAAGUAAUUAAAUUGGUUUAGGUCAGGCCUACAGUUGUGAAGGUUAAGGGUAGUAUAAGAGGCUAGACAGUGCAUUACAUUAAUGAGUGUCCUCACAGAGAUGGCUACAUGUCCUGAAGUCGGGAUAUUAAACACCACAGUUUAAUGUUUGUAGUGUAUGGAUCAUGUUCACAAACAUUUGUCAUGAAAUUGGACACCCUACAUAACUGGUCACAGAAGGAUGUUUUUGAGCCAGUUACAUUGAAAUGCCCCUUCCUUGUUCUGUGUGUUGGCAUUAAUGUGUGCAUGGUUAAAACAGUCUUUUCUAUUAGUUAUGUUUCUUCUUUAAGGCUCUUCCCAAAAAGGAGAUCAUUUGUAUGCCUAAAUGCAAUCUGAUUAUUCUCUUUACUGCAGUUUUUAAUUCCCAUCCUCUAAUCUUCAUCUGUGACAUAAGUGCAAUAAAGGGGCUGUAUAUUCUGUCCUUACACUGAUAGAGCGCUGAAAGUUAGCAGCUUGUUCAUGAGCAGCUUCAUCUCAGUUUUACACAGUUCGCAGUACACAUGCCAAAAAGAGUAUCGCAUCUGAAUGUAAUACCCUGAAUAUUUACCAGUUUCUUUGUGUGAUGUGAGAAGUGUGCAGUGAGAGGAUGUUUGGGGUGGCAGAGGGAGUUCAAGUUAAGUCAAUAAAGAAACUUUGAUGCACAUAAAAGCUUUUAAAACGUAGGCGCAGUUCUUUUCCAAAGUAAAGAGCUGGCUAGUUACAUGAUCGGGUUUAGAAAGGUGGAGGGAGAUGUGACAGAUUUGGUACCGUCUACUUUUUCUGUACAUUUUUUUUCCUCCAGGCUGUGAAAAAAAAAGUCAUGUUUUGUCCAGAACGAUUUGUUAAUAUGUGAAACACGAGUUGUAAUGUUGUCAAACAUCCUCUUAGACUGAAGGCAGGGGCCACUGUUAUUAAAAGGUGGUUUCCGAUUGAGGCGAUGGAUGCGAUUUAAAGACCCCAUGAAGAACAGUUUCAUUUCAUUUGAGGAGUAAUUAUUUUCUCCAUUAUUGCUGAAAACAAAGUGAAAAGGGGUGUCUUCUUCAGAAUGUAACUGUUAGAUAAUAGAGCUUAGGGUUCUGGGGAUGCUUUGGGCAUAGUUGUUUCUGCAAGCUGUCCAGUGUUAAGUUUGGCAUUAGCAUGUCAGAUAUUUAGGUACAGUAUUUGAAGAAAUUACAGGAAAUGUUGGUGUUAAAAUCUUUGUUUUUCAAUUUUUCUGCAGUCAGGUGUUCUGAGGCAUUUGGCUGAGCUCUAACGUCUGUUUUAUGGGGUCUUUAAGGUUCUACACAAACUGACGAGUGUUCUUUUCUGUUACAUUUUGUUUGUAGUUCUACAUAUCAAAUAUGAUAGAAUGCACACAACUUUACAACUGGAGUGUGCGUGUGUGUGUAAACUAUUUCCUCUUCAUCCGAAGUUGCAUCUGUUGUACUUAUUGUAGAGUUCUGUCAGAUUCUAAAAGUAAGAUUGCACUAAAACUGUACAAAGCUUCUCAUUCAGCUCAGCUCUACCACAGAGCCUCUUAGCUUUUGGGAGAUAAAGGGGAAUCCUAUGAUGCCUCGCUCUGAAGCUGAGGGUCCCACUUGAAGUAACUGGAUUUAACUGAAAGUGUGUGGGUGUGUGCAGUGUUGCACAGGAGGAUGAAGGCAUGUAAAUCUGAGUAGAUGUUAAAAUUAAUGAGACCGCUCACUUCAAGAAGUCAUGAUAUUCUCAGAAGUGUGGGAUCAGUCAGAGUUUAAGAAAAUAAACCUCUUUCCAAAACUAGA